AUGGAGCUGGUCAGCACAGUCUUUCAGGACACCAUCAGGUCCAGCAGCUUUCCCAGGGUUGAUGUUUCGCAGGCAGAGUCCGACAUUGUAUUGGCUCAAGGUGGGCUCAGCAUCAUCAGAGGGGAGGGGCAGCAGCAACUGGUUCCUGUUGUUCCUAUCAAACUGAGUAUGAAACUGGUCUCAGGUUUGUGGACAACCACAGUCCACUGCUGGUGCAUCCUACUUACCCAUAAUGCUUUGCCCCUCUUAGGUUCUGGACGACACUCCUUGUGGGUGCUGGCUACCUACAUCUCAGGGUCAACGCCGUUUCCAGAGUUCAGUGCGGUCCUGAUGUUGGACGACAUUCAGGUGGGCUACUUCGACUCAGUGACGGGCCGAUUCAGGGAAAAUGGUGAGGAGGGAGCAGAGCUGGACCUGGGUCAGCAGGCCGGGUACAUACAGCAGGAAAUGCUCUCCAGCAUGACAUACCAGCUGGAACAGUUCAAACAGCGUUUCAAUCUGACGGCGGGGGUCCACGUCCAGCAGAGGCUGACAGGCUGCGAGGUGCUGCAGGACGGUCAGCCGGCACUCAUCAUGUUCAGAGACGGCUCCAACGGACAGGACGCUGACAGCCUGAUGUACAACAUGACACACUUCACCUACGCCGGCGGUGACGGCUGGGAGAUCCAGUGGGAUGCCAUGAAGAAGACGUACUUCCAGACACUCUACUCCAACAUCUACCUGCCCUUAUGUGUACAGACACUUAAACACCUCCUGGACCAAAACAAACGUCUAGUGAAACGUCGGGUUCGACCUCGAGUCCGCUUCAUAACGAAGCCGUUGUCAGGCGGAGCUCGGGUCACCUGUCUGGCCACAGACUUCUACCCUCGCCACAUCAACCUGACGCUACUGCGGGACGGCCAGCCAGUGGACGAGGACCAGCUGACGGGCGGGGAGGUGCUGCCCAACGGCAACGGCCUCUAUCAGGUGAGGAAGACGUUGACCGUCACGGACGAAGAGCUUCAGCGGAAACACAGCUACACCUGCACCACCGCUCACCUGAGCUUGGACAACCGGCUGGAGGUGAGCUGGAGGGCGGAGUUCUCCCGUUCUCACAGGGUUCACAUCAUCUCCGCCCCCGCCGGCCUGGCUAUCACUGCUGUCCUGCUGCUGCUGCUGCUGUGGUGGAGGAAGAGGAGACGCACACUGAGGUCAGAGGGAAUCGCCAUGGAAACACAGGUGCAGCCAGGAGAAGAGUAA